ACCUAUUCAUUAGGAGUCACACCCUGUCUGUAUUCACCUAUUCAUUUCAUGGAUGAAAUCCAGAUGGAAAUUGAACACCAAUCUCCCUUCAUGGGUAGAUUCUCUAAAUCUACCCUUCAACAUAAAGCCACCACAUUCCCAAUACCUAUUUCCUUCAACCACAAAAUCUCUCCUCAACCACGCAGAUUUAACAUCUCUUCUUACCCUCUGCGGCAGAGACCGAAACCUCACUCUCGGUUCUUCCAUCCAUGCCCGAAUCAUCAAACAACCACCUUCCUUCGAUUUUGAUGGCUCCCAACGGAAUGCCCUUUUUAUUUGGAACUCUCUGCUUUCAAUGUAUUCAAAAUGUGGUGAAUUUCGUAACGCCGGUAAUGUGUUUGAUUAUAUGCCUGUCAGAGAUACUGUAUCGUGGAAUACAAUGAUUUCUGGGUUUUUAAGGAAUGGUGAUUUUGACACGAGUUUUAAGUUCUUUAAGCAAAUGACUGAGUCCAAUAGAGUGUGUUGUCGAUUUGAUAAAGCUACUUUGACUACAAUGUUGUCGGGUUGUGAUGGCUUGAGAUUAGGAAUCUCUACCAGUGUAACACAAAUGAUCCAUGGUCUGGUGUUUGUUGGUGGCUUUGAGAGAGAGAUUACUGUCGGGAAUGCUCUUAUAACGUCGUAUUUUAAAUGUGAAUGUUUUAGUCAAGGAAGGAAGGUUUUUGAUGAAAUGAUUGAGAGGAAUGUUGUAACUUGGACGGCUGUGAUUUCUGGCCUCGCGCAAAAUGAAUUUUAUGAGGAUAGUUUGAGGUUGUUUGCUCAAAUGCGUUGUUGCGGGUCUGUGAGUCCUAAUGUUUUGACUUAUUUGAGCUCACUCAUGGCUUGUUCGGGUUUACAGGUGUUAAGGGAUGGCCAGAAAAUUCAUGGGUUGUUGUGGAAGUUAGGGAUGCAGUCAGAUUUAUGUAUUGAAAGUGCUUUGAUGGAUUUGUAUUCAAAGUGUGGUAGUUUAGAUGCAGCAUGGCAGAUUUUUGAGUCUGCUGAGGAACUGGAUGGGGUCUCCUUGACUGUAAUACUUGUAGCUUUCGCUCAAAAUGGAUUCGAAGAAGAAGCUAUCCAAAUAUUUACGAAAAUGGUGGCGCUGGGGAUGGAGGUUGACGCCAACAUGGUUUCUGCUGUUCUUGGGGUAUUUGGUGUCGGCACUUAUUUGGCUCUUGGAAAGCAGAUACACUCUUUAAUCAUAAAAAAGAAUUUUUGUGAAAAUCCUUUUGUUGGUAAUGGACUUGUAAACAUGUACUCUAAAUGUGGAGAUUUGUCUGACUCGCUCCUAGUGUUCUAUCAGAUGACUCAAAAGAAUUCAGUUUCAUGGAAUUCGGUAAUUGCAGCAUUUGCCCGCCACGGAGAUGGUUUUAAGGCACUUCAAUUUUACGAAGAGAUGAGAGUGGAGGGUGUAGCACCAACAGAUGUUACAUUUUUGUCAUUGCUUCAUGCUUGCAGUCAUGCAGGAUUAGUCGAGAAAGGUAUGGAGCUUUUGGAAUCUAUGACUAAUGAUCACGGUAUAAGUCCUCGGUCAGAACAUUAUGCCUGCGUUGUCGACAUGUUGGGCAGGGCAGGACAUCUUAAUGAAGCUAAGAAAUUCAUUGAGGGAUUGCCUGAGCAUGGUGGUGUUUUAGUCUGGCAAGCAUUGCUUGGUGCUUGUAGCAUACAUGGUGAUUCCGAGAUGGGUAAGUAUGCUGCUGAUAGACUAUUUUCAGCUGCUCCAGCUAGCCCAGCUCCUUAUGUUUUGAUGGCAAACAUAUAUUCUAGUGAAGGGAACUGGAAAGAGAGAGCAAGUUCCAUUAAGAGAAUGAAAGAGAUGGGAGUAGCAAAAGAAGUAGGUAUAAGUUGGAUUGAGAUAGAAAAGAAAGUCAAUAGUUUUGUGGUAGGGGACAAAUUGCAUCCGGAAGCUGAUGUUAUAUUCUGGGUUUUGUCUGGUUUGCUGAAACACUUAAAAGAUGAAGGUUAUGUACCUGAUAAAAAGUUUAUUCUCUUUUACUUGGAACAAGAUAAAGAGGACUAUAUUAUUUUAUCCAAACUACCCUUGAAUUCAGUGACAGAAUUGUCUUUUCAAGAAAGAGAAAGUAAGUCGAAGUUGGACACAGUUGGUCUUACCAUAAUGGGAUCGUUCAGGUUGUUUAACUUCAACUUAACAACAACAACUUCUAUGUUUGUAAACCGCACUUUUCCUUUGUCUGUGUCUUUAAAGAAUAAAACAAGAACGAAUUGCAGAGGCAGAGAAGAUGGUCCUCUGUCCACUUCCUCUGCUUACGCCGUCCUCGGAGUCCAACCUGAUUGCUCAGCCGCGGAAAUUAAAGCCGCUUUUCGAUCCAAAGUAAAACAGUUCCACCCUGACCUCAACAGAGAUGAAAAUGAAACAUAUUCUGAUGUUAUGAUUCGCCGUGUAAUUCAAGCAUACCAGAUACUAUCCAACUACACACCAUCACAAAUUAUUGAAACGGAGUGUUUAGAUCCCUUUGGCAGACCAGAGUGUGAAGCUUUUGAUCUUUUCGUUAAUGAGUUUCUUUGUGUCGGCAAAGCUUGUUCAAAUUCCUGUGUGGAAAGAGCACCUCAUGCUUUCACAUUUGUCUCUUCAACUGGAACAGCACGUGCGUCUUCUCAAGGUCAUGGGGAAGACUACCAAGUUCAGUGCGCUGUUGGACAAUGCCCGAGAAGUUGCAUUCAUUAUGUAACCCCAUCACAGAGAAUUAUUUUGGAGGAAUUACUUAACAGUAUAAUAGAUGCACCCUAUGAUACAUCAGCUGAGGCAGACUUGCUCUAUUCACUUAUAACCAAAGCUAAGUUUGAGAAUAACCGAUACCAAAAGCCAAAGAAGAAAACCAAAUUUUCAACCCAGCAUGUCGAUUGGUUUUAGCAUUCCCAUGUCUUCACUCCCCAACCUAUAGAUAGCACUGAGAUUGCUGAUGAGACAGUCAUGGUUCUCAAUUUACCAAUAAUUUUUUUAUCAGCUGCUUAUAGGUGCCUUACACCUUAAUAUUCUGAAACAUGUAAGCUACUUACUACAACUGGGAAAUUUUUGUUUCGUUUUGUCCCAUCUUAUUUUAAGAUUUUGCAACGGAUGGUGGGGAAGUUGUUGGGGGUUAGUUCUUUCAGUGAAUGAAUCAAGGGUCUAGAUUCACUGUCUAUGUGAAUGUGUGAUAUUGCAGGUAAUCCAAAUCUCACUAAAUGCCACUUUUCCUUGUGGAAAUGACGAAAAAUUGCAAGUCUAUAUGAUUAAUAAUUUUGCUGCUGCGCUCUCUUAUUUUGCCUGCCAUGGCGUUUGAAUCCUUUAGUCAGAGGGAGUUGCUGUGUUUGACUGUGAUGGUUCUGUGGUUAACUUUGGGAUCAAGGAUACUGUCGUGGUGUGUGUGCGACGGAUGAAUUGUAUUUGGUUUCUCUAUGGCUCUUGACUCUUAAUCCAUCACUGUGGUUGUGUUACGUUAAAUUGAAUUUCCACUAUAAAGUAGUGAGUAUCUUUUCACAGGAUUAUGAAAUUCUUCCUGUAAUAACAUCAAGUGGUCCUUCAAAUUAAACAUUCUUUGGAUUCCUGGUCAUUUCUAUAAUAAAAACUGUGAACUGAUGCAAGAAAAUACCAACGUGAACUGAUUUAUACAGUAAGAGUAUACAUUUAGAAGUGCAUGUGAUUACAAUUGCCUCCGCUCAAUGUUCAGAUUUGCACUUGCCUCUGCUAUUUAUUUCUAUUUCAGUUUUCUAGAUUUUAUGUGAAAAAUUAGAGAAUCUUGUUCAGCUGCGUAUAUAUGUGGGAAUUUUGCUUUUGGAUUGUGAA